CAAUGCAAAGUGACUCAUUAAACAAUCACGAAGUACUUCGAUUGAUUGAUAGAAUGUUGUCGCAUACGCGAUGUUUCCAUCAGCCAAGGGGAUUUUUAUUUCAAACUUACGUACAUCGUAAAGUCGCUCUCGUAACAUCAUAUAUUUUAUUAUAGUUAUGAUAAUUCAGUCGGUAGAUUUGGGUUUCCAUGAGUUUCCAAUGCAGUUUUUCAUAUUCACCGCGUGUGGAGUAUGGUGUCCGUCGGAUUGGAGCCCAUCGCUUAAAAAAUUAUACAAAAUAUUUGAAAUUUUUCAAAUAAUCGCCGCCACUUGGUUCUGGUUGACGAUGUUUAUGAAUUUGUUACUCAAGAACACAGAAAGCGACCUAUUUUAUGAUAAUAUAUUUGCUCUAUUGGUUUUAACCUUGGCAGCUUAUAAAAAAUAUUUUUUAUUGAAGAAUAGAAAAGUAAUAUCAAAAGUAUUGAGCAUGUGUUCCGAUGACUCUUGGUACCAGCCUAAAAACAAACAAGAGGCUGAAAUCAUCGAAAGAUUCGAAAACGAGACAAGGUUGGUAACAGAGCUUUACGCGUUAGGCAUCUCAACGGCUCUAGCCAUAAAAGCAGUAAUCCCAAUGUUGAAGUCAAAAUCGGGGCUGGUUUUGCCCAUAGAGGUCUGGUAUCCUUACAAAACUGAAAACAUUUUCAUUUAUUUAUUUUCGUACCUACAACAACUAAUCGCUGGUAUACCGAUGAUAUGUUUACAAAUUAGCGUCGAUUCGUUUUUUGUGUGUUUGGUUCUACGUGUAGUUACCCAACUGAACUUAUUGAAAUAUCGGAUGCAAUUUUCCAGCAAUAACUUCAUAUCUAAAGGACAAGAAGUGACAACUGCAACGGGAAUCCAUAAAAAUAUCCCAAUGAUUGACACUUGGUUAAGAAUUUGUUCAAGAAAGCAUGCUAAAAUAUACGAAUUUGCAGAAUCAGUUCAUAAAUGUUUCAAAAGUAUUAUGGCUGCUCAGUUGAUCAUUACGAUUCCAUGUUUAUGCAUGACAGUAUUUAUAUUAGCCCAAUUUGAUGAACUGGGUUUCAAUUUCGUUGAUAAAUUUUUUUGCUUUGCUACAUGUCUGAUGCAAAUAUUUUUAUACUGUUGGUAUGGAAAUGAAAUUAUUUUAGAGAGUUUGGAUGUUGAAAAUUCGAUUUAUCAUAUGAAUUGGAUUGCCUUACAAAGUAAGACUAGAAAAAAUAUUUUGAUGAUGAUGUUACGAGCAAGAAGACCAAUAAAAUUUACCGUACGAUCAUAUGUGGUAAAUGUUGCUUCAUUCAUAGAGAUUAUCAAAACAUCAUUUUCGGCUUUUCGAUUGUUACAAACAAUGUCAUAGAAAUGAAGGGGAUGUGAUUUUUAUCAUAUAGAUCA